AUGGGUUCAAUUAUUAUAUCAACUGUACUCGUAAAAUCUGUAACAAAAAAUAAUGACAUUACAAUAGGACAAUUAUUGUUUAGAACCAGUGAUGAGGAAUUCCAAAUUGUAAUAUCUCAAAUGAUAUAUUUGAUAUAUCUAGAUUUAAAUUAUGAUAAAUCAAAAGAAAAAUACGAAUCUCUUCCUAACUCAGUACCGUAUGCUAUUUUCAAUGAUGAAGUUCAUGAUACAGACAAAAAAUUGGAAGAAGAUGAAGAUUGA